AACUGACAGUCCCGGAACGCUUUUGCUACACGGCAUUCAUCCCUUCUUUAAAUUGCCCUCACUUCCACAUUUGUUCUCAGGGGCUGGACUUUAGGAUCAGGUAUUAGCUACAAUGGGAGGGUCAGGGUACAGAUCAAUCUCUGGGUCCGCUGGAUUGGUAGCCAAGUUUCUUGUUUUUUUUUGUCUAGCCCAGCUGGGUCUGUCUGUAUUGGUCAAUGAAGAGCCUCUUGUUCUGAACUACCACAAUGGCCCACUGCUAACAUCAAAGCCCAAUCUUGAUGUCCAUCUGAUUUGGUAUGGGAAGUUCAGUGCCGUUCAGCGUUCGAUUCUGGGGGACUUUGUCGAGUCCCUUGGGGCCGGUGCCCCACUGCCCUCUGUGUUUUCCUGGUGGAAAACAACAGAGGGUUAUAAGGAUUUGUCUAAUGAAGUCCCUGCUCCGACCAAGACCCACACAAGGCUUGGGAAGCAGAAGCUUGAUGAGGCCUAUUCUCUGGGGAAGUCAUUGAAGAGAACUGACAUUGGGACUCUGGUGUUAAGGACUGUGUCUUCAGGAGCUCUGCCUGUGGAUGACAAUGCCGUUUACUUGCUUCUGACGUCCCAAGAUGUCAUUGUGGAGAGGUUUUGCAUGGGCUCGUGUGGAUCCCAUGCAAGUAUAGUUGUGGGAAAGACGGCGCUUCCCUACGCAUGGGUUGGGAACUCGGAGAGCCAGUGUCCGGGGCAGUGCGCGUGGCCGUUUCAUCAGCCUCUUUAUGGGCCUCAGAGUCCUCCCCUGCUUCCGCCCAAUGGUGAUGUGGGUAUUGAUGGGAUGAUUAUCAAUGUUGCUACUGUUUUGGCAGGAGCUGUUACAAAUCCUUUCAAUAGUGGGUAUUUUCAGGGGCAGUCUUCUGCGCCAUUGGAAGCGGUUUCAGCCUGUCCGGGAAUUUAUGGCACGGGGGCUUACCCUGGAUUUCCUGGUAAUCUGUUGGUGGAUAACACAACGGGGGCGAGCUACAAUGCGCACGGAGUUAAAGGCCGGAUGUUUUUGCUUCCGGCUAUUUGGAAUCCGGCUACACGUUCUUGCAAGACUUUGGUGUAGCUAAAUACUGGGGCUUUCUAUGUAUGUACGUAUGCUGGGAAAAGUGAGCCUUUUCUGGCACUUUAAUGGACCUGUAAACAAUGCAUGUUUAGGGAAGUCUGUCUGAUCCAUUACAUAUAUAUAACUCCUAUAUUUAUAGA